CGCUGGAGAGACCCGACGCUUGUUCAUUCUCCGCGACAACUCGACCGCCAGGACCUGACCACGACACAACAUAGCAACAUGGUCCUGUUUGACGAUCCCGCGGUGGCCCUACCCCUCGUGGGCGUUGCUGCCGCCACCGCCAUCGCGUACCUUGGCUCCCGCGUGUACGCCCGGCGCCGCUUCUACCGCGACCUGCCGGGCCCGCCGCACUCGAUGCUCUGGGGUCAUCUGAAGCUGAUUGGCGACUACACGUCGCGGAUGCCCCCGGGCGGCUUCCUCCAGCAGGCCCUCACGCAGAUGAAGCACGACUAUGGCCUGCCCGACGUCUUCUACCUCGACAUGUGGCCUAUCCUGAACGGCAUCAUAUGUCUUACCGGCGCCGACGCUGUCGCGUACCCGACUACUGCCAACGUCUGGGGCCAGCCCGACUUCCUCCCGAGCUUCUACAAAGACAUCACAGGGCCGACCUUUAUCGAGAUUAACAAUGGGCCCUUCUGGAAGGAUCUGCACCAGCGGAUGGCGCCCUCCCUCACGCCCACCGCCAUCAAGCCCUACUUCCCCGCCCUCGUGACUGCGGCUGUCGCCCUGCGCGACGACCUCGCACGGCACUCCGGCCCUGACGCCGCGGCGAUCCGCUUCCAGGAUGCCAUUGGGCGGUUUCCGUUCCAGAUUCUCAGCCAGGUCACGCUGGGCCCUGACGGGCUCAGCGAGGACUUGUACCAGGAGGCCAUGCGGCUCGUGGAGCUGCACGCCCGGGCGCAGGUCCCGGGCGCGCUGAUACUGCCGUGGAAGCGGCGGGGUCACAAGCGCGAGCUCGGGGCCUGUGUGGGCAAGAUCCACGCCGAGGCGCUCAGGCAGGCGCGCGCUCGCUUCGAGGAGCUGCAGGCCGACAAGGCGGCCGCGACGUCGCGGUUCCUGGACCGCAUGCUGCUGCCGAGGGUGCAGCAGGGCCUGCCGCUCGACGCGGCGCUCGAGGAGAUGUGUGUGGCAAACAUCACGGGGCUCAUCAUCGCCGGAUAUGGCACCACGACAGACACAACCACUUACAUCUGGCUGCUCCUGCAAGCCCACCCCGAGAUCCUGGAGAAGCUCCGCGCCGAGCACGACCGUGUAUUUGGCAAGGACCUGGAUACGACGGUCGCAAAGCUACUCAAGGAUCCAGGCCUGCUCAACAGCUUGCCCUACACCACGGCCGUCAUCCAGGAGACCCUCCGCCUGUUCCCCAUCGCCUUUAGUGUCCGGCAGGCGCCGCCCGAGCUGAAAUCCAUCACCAUCAACAAUCAAGAAUACCCGCUCCUCCCGGACCACAUUGCCGGCAUCAUCUCGCACGCGGCGCACUACAACGAGGAGUACUUCCCCGAGCCCGCCCGGUUCCUGCCGGACCGCUUCCUCGACGAGGAGGCCCUCGCCAGGCAGCCCCGCCACGCGUACCGCCCGUUCGAGCGCGGGCCCCGGGCGUGCAUCGGCCAGGCCCUCGCCAUGGACGAGAUGAAGGUGCAGCUCCUGGUGCUGGCGCGGUCGUUUGACAUGGAGCUCCAGCGUGACGAGACUGCCUUUUCCAGGUCAACGAGAGGGGAGCGCGGCGCCGGCGGCGGGGAGGGGUCGAAACCUGAGGAAGAAUCGCCGGCGCCGGCGUUUGCGCACGCUGCUGACCUCGAGCGGAUGCUGGGGAAGCACUUCUUUCAAGUCUCGGCGUUCACGGCUACGCCGGCGGGGCCGGUUAUGAUGAAGAUUCGGCCUAGGGAAAAGAAGGAGUAAUGGCAUCGUAGGAUGUAUAGAUAUGGUGUAUGAGAAGCUCUAACACGGAUACCAGCGCACUCUCAAGUAUACUGGGCACCCGCUUGUACGUGUUUGAUAUACAGACCAUCACCCCGGCAGCUUACGCUUGGGGAACAUGAAAUAGAUGCCAAUCAGGCCUGGAGCGGA